AUGAGCAAGUGCCUCGUAAUUAUAGAUGUUCAAAAUGAUUACAUGUCGACUGGCAAAGUGCCCUGUUUUAAAGCAGAAGAAACCAAAGCGAAAGUAAUAACUCUUGGGAAGCAAUUUAUAACAAAUAAUUAUCACGUAGUUUUAGUUCAACACGUUGCGCCAAAGGGUGCUCCCUUCUUUGAGGAAGGCACAGAUGGUGACAAACUUUGUGAAGACCUUGUUUCUGCGUUCCCGGAGGCAAAAGUUGUCAAGAAGACGCAUGCCAGUUCAUUCAUUGGGACCAACUUAAACACAAUUCUCGGAGAAUUAAAAGUCACUGAAAUUUAUACAUGUGGGCUAUUGACACAAAAUUGUGUCCUCUUUACUUGCCUUGAUAAGGAGGCACAGAAAUAUCACCCCAAGAUGGUUGUCGACUGUGUCACCUCAAUUACCGAGUUGGUGAAUGCAAUUGCGAUUGGUGGGUCGUCUGAUUUUGUUUCACAAAUCACUUCAGAUAAAAUUUUUAAUUGA